AUGAUUCAUUCUUUAAAAAAAGAUGAAAUUAAACUAGGAGAUAAAGUAUCUUAUCAAAAUAUCAAACGUCACGCAGAAUUGGAUGUUCUUCCUGACAAAACAGAUAUCGAUUUUGUACUUAGUCUUGAAAAGAAAGUGGAACUGGCAGUUGUUCUACCCAACGGUUAUCCUUCAUGGAAUUCAUCUUAUCCUGUUAAACCUUUGGUUACACUACGUUUGUUGUCAAACCCAUCAUAUCUUGGAGUGAAUGUGCGUGAGUUAUCUUCACGCUUCAAUCAAUGGUUGGAUGAAACAGCUAACACUGGUGAACCUGUUUUAGUAGCAUCUAUAGAUUGGCUUCAAAAUGAGCUUACAAAUGGGUCUCUUGUGACAAAUGAAAGUACAAAAUCUUUACCAAGAGGUCAAGAUUUAACAGGCGCUGAAAGAAUAAUUUGUUUAUGGAUUAUCAGCCAUCAUAUCAGGAGUUCAAUUAAAAGACGUUUAAUUUUGGAAUGGUCAAAAGAAUUAGAAUUAAGUGGUUGUUGUAUGCCUGGGAGACCAGGUUUAAUAAUUGUGGAAGGUAAAGAAACUAAGGCUGAUGAAUACUGGCGAAGACUACGUAAUUUACAAUGGAAACAUAUACAACUUCGUGAAAGAGAAGUUCUUGGCACAGGACUGUAUAAACUUCGUCGAUUUCAAGAUGGUUUCCAUGAAUUUAAUCUUUCACAGCAAAAAGAAUAUAAACGCGUUUUUGGAAUACCUGGACGAUUGCCUCAAGGGGAACAACAACAGGAACAAUCGAAAUCCUAG